AUGGCGGACAGUGACCUGGCGCCCAAGUUCGCCCCAUUCUUCUCCUUCGCCGGCAUUGCAGCUGCAAUGAUCUUCGGGGCUGGAGGAGCAGCUUAUGGCACCGCGAAGUCGGGCAUUGGUAUCGCAGGUGUAGGCACUUUCAGGCCAGACCUGAUUAUGAAGUCGCUCAUCCCCGUCGUCAUGUCCGGUAUCAUCGCGGUCUACGGUCUCGUUAUUUCCGUCCUCAUUGCUGGAGACGUCAACCCGGCUCAGCGACAGAGCUUGUACAAGGGGUUCAUGCACCUUGCGGCAGGUCUAUCGGUUGGCCUUUCCGGUGUCGCCGCUGGCUAUACUAUCGGAGUUGUCGGUGAUGCUGGUGUUCGGGCAUACAUGCAACAGUCACGCGUUUACGUCGGCAUGAUUUUGAUUCUUAUUUUCGGCGAAGUUCUGGGUCUCUACGGCUUGAUUGUCGGCUUGAUCUUGAACUCCAAGUCCUGA